GCAACACUGAAUUUAAUAUAUUUUUGUAGCUGUCUGUUAAGCUGUUGGUAGGUAACCUAUUUGUAGAAUUUCGCAAGUCUUAAAACAAAUAUUAAAAUAAACACAGAACUUGUACAUUAAAAUAAGUGAAGUGCAAUAUAAAAGUGUAAACGAUGGCAGACUCUGUUAAUAUGUCUCUAGAUGAGAUAAUAAAGCAGAAUAGAUCAAGUAGAUCUCGUGGGAGAGGAGGCGGGAAUGUUCGCGGACGUGGUGGUGGCCGAGGCAGAGGCGGCAGAGGCCGUGGGCGCGGAGCUGGAGGCGUCGCUCGCACUCGUUCACAGACAAGAGCGAACACGCCGGCGGGUUCGAGACGUGGCCGGUCACGCUCCCGUGGACCUGGCGGUAGACCUCAAUCACGAUCUCGCUCCCAGUCACGCAACCGUUCUCGCUCCAGACAGAACCGUUCGAAUUCUCGCGCCAGAUCUGCUUCAAGGUCUCGCUCUCAACUGAGAGGCUUGACACCUAAAGGCAGAGCAGGAUUGGAAGAGCAGCUGGUGAUGCCUCACUUAAUAAGGGGUGGCAGAAUGAACAGAGGAAACAUGCGUGGGCGACUGAGCCGAUCUAACGUAAACUCACAAGGCAGUGUUCAUAGCAGACUUGGAGUGACUACUCGAAGAGGCAUGAAUAACAUUCGCCGUCCUUUGGCAGUUGCCAAGAGAGGAAUAUCUAAAAGGGGAAGAGGUUUGAGUACUGCAAAUAGAUAUAGUGCAGUAGGCUUAAGGUCUGAUCAGAUCCUUAAAGAGCAGAGACAAAACAUGCUACUUCGGAACAAUAUAAUAAAAUCGCAAACCUUCACACGCUCCAGGAAUAACUCUUUCAGUUCACCUUCUCAAUUGACUGUAAGUGUUGCUAAUGAUUUUGCUAAGAGGCGUCGUAACAGUGUUGGUAAUGCAGGCUACUUGAAUAAACACAGUUUAGCACAGUUGAACAACCAAUUUGGCGGCUACAACACCAGAAGAGGUCCUGGCAGUGUCAAAUCAAUGGGUUCCAACAGAUCUAACAGGUCUAACCGGUCCAAUGCUAGUAGAGGGUCUAAUAGGUCUAGAGGCCGGGGUCGCGGUGGUAAUCGCGGCGUUGGUCGCAAGUUUGUAAAUAAACAAGUUCUUAAUGCUAAACUUCAAAAAGAAAUAGCUGUUAUCCAAGGUAAAACUUAUGGUAAUAGUACAAAUAGUGAGGCACCAACAGGUAUCAAUUUUUCACCAACUCCAGCAGCAACUGCACAGUCAUUACAUCAAAGAUUUGCUACUUCUUAAAUUAAGGAUUUAGACAUAAAUUGUGAUUUUUUUAUUUUAAGUACAGAUAGAACUUAAAGCUGAUUACUGAUACCUACUAAUAAAGAUUAUAAUAUGCAACAGAAAGCUAUCAAGUGAUCUUUAAAUGUAAGCUUAUUUUAGAAAUGUUUUGCUACCAAAAUACUAUUGUUUUCUUACAAAAAAAUUAACCCAUUUUUUGUUUUGUGACAUUUAAUUCAUUUUGCUCUUGGUAUAUGACUGAGCCCCAUAUAUUCAAUUCAUUAAUUUAGCUUGCAGUAUUUUGUAAAUUCUAACAAAAAAGAUCUACUGGAUAAGAAUAAAAUAUGUUUAUUAGAAAAUACCAGAGAUCUUUAAAUUAUGUAUUGUGCUGAAAUAUUAUUAUGGAAAAAGUUCAGAUAACAGUUUUGAACUGAACUACAUAAAUUCUGUAUAAAUCUAUAUUCUACUGUUUUAGUUAGCUAUUGGAAUUUCAAAUCCCUUCUCAUUGCACAUCUAUGUCACCUAUGUAUGUGUUUUGUAAAUUGUAUGCUACUAGACACAGCAAUUCCAGCUGUGUUCAAUA